AUGACGCACUUCGUGCAAAGCAUCACGCACAACUUGCCUGGGUUCAUCAGGGAUCCAGCGGUAGCGCUGCUAGGCCAAGAGUGCUACACCACACUCAUCUACAAUGUCGACCUCGAUGACAGGCAAUGUCUCACGCUAGCAUUGUCCAAGACGCUCGGCGUCGGCUUGGUCGCGGGAGGCGCGAUAGUCAAGUUACCACAGAUUAUCAAAAUCGUCAGGUCAAAGUCAGCUCGAGGCAUCUCCCUGACCUCUUUCCUGCUCGACACCGCCGGCCUGCUCAUCGUGCUGGCCUACAACGUCAGGCUGGGCUUCCCGUUCAGUACAUGGGGCGAGAACCUGUUCUUGUUCGUUCAGAACUUCAUCAUCAUCUCGCUCAUCUUGGGCUAUUCUGCGCGACAAGGCUUGCAUCCAAAGGCACCUGUCAGCUCGAGCCAUAGCAAGACGACACGUGUGCUGCCCUUCUGGGUCGGCAUGGCGCUCGUCACCUACCUCUUCAUGGACAACACGCCUCUGAUACCGACCAAGAUCCUCAGAGGGCUUCUGACGCUCACGAUACCCUUGGCCAUCUCGUCCAAGCUACCGCAGAUCGUGACCAACGCGAAGAACGGCUCCACAGGCCAGCUGAGCUCUUUCCUCGUCUUCAACAGCUUUGCGGGUUGCGUGGCGCGUCUGUUCACCACCCAGACAGAGACGGGCGACGCCACGCUCUGGUGGGGUUUCCUGGUCGCUGCACUGGCGAACGGCAUCCUCGCACUGCAGAUGCUCUACUAUUGGAACACAUCGAGCCCCAUGGAUGCCUAUGCAGCUCAAGCGACGGUGAGCUACCGGGAGAAAGAGAAAGCAGAGCAGCAGGCCGAGCUGGCAGCGAUCAAAGCUACCGCACCGGAGACGCGAUCGGUCGGUACAGGAACGAGGAAAGCAUCUGGACCCAAAUGGGUUCGCAAGCCAGAUUGA